AUGUUUACCUCCCAGACCUCGUCCUUCCAGGACUCUAUUGACGUGGAGGAGAGGGAUGACUUUGACAGUGAGGAGAUAGCAGGAUACAGCCAGAAAACACAGCUUAACUGCUACUACACCAUCUAUCUUUAUCAAGGCACAAGGUAAGGCCACAUAUUAACUGACCCAACAACGGCUCUGAUACAGUUUAUGUCAAUACUGAAGCUCUUAAUGUCAAUACAGCAGCUCUACAGGAGACUCAUCACUGUAUACUUGAAGCAAAACUACUGUUCUUUAUCCCUCAUAUAAUCAAGUCCUGGUUUUAUGUAUGUUUCCUUCACUGUUUCAUGGAUAUGCUGUCCAUGAUCCUGAGAGGACUUGUGAGUUAGUGUUGCACCUUGUUCCUCAGUCUUGUUUCAUCAGUGGCACUCAUCCAGAAAAAAAGCAGCUUUCUUCAUUACAGACUAACCAGGUGAUAAGUGAACUGUCAAUAUUCGUAGAUCUGAGUCCUCUGGGGAAAGUGGGGCAUGGAGCCAGAGACGAGCAGACUCCACAACCAGUCAGGAUGACUUUAGGUAACAAAAGAGUCAUCCGCCUACCUCCUCCUACCUCCUCCUCCUCCUCCUUCUUCUUCUUGCUUUCAGUGGUCGUUUCUCUUUGGCUUUCACUGUUGUCUGUCGGUGUAUCCACGUGCUGCUGCAGGACAUCCAAUCAACAUGGAAUCAACGCUGUUUUCAUUCCUGAUUUUGCUCUGAUUGGUCAUUGCUGAUUGCUGCUGAGUUACAUGGACUUUUGCUUCCUCCCAUUCUGAAUCCUACUUCCAUGUGCUUCAAAAUGAAUGAGAUUCUUGUCUGAGUGCGGGUUUGAAACAAAAGGACAAAAUACAUUCAGUCUCACUGGGUUUGUGGUUUUGACACCCAGUUGCAGCUGUGUGACUCUGUUGUGUGUCGUGUUGGUUGUGGCUAAUGAUCAUCAGCUUUCUCCAUCUGUUUUCCAUCAACUUCAAUGGCUUCUUUUGUUCCUCGUGGCUUUAAACGGCUGCACGACCCCAUGUUAACUUUCUGUCCCGCCCACAGCCUGACACUGGUCGACAGCAGCCUGCCAUCAGAGGCAGAACCUGAGCUUAGGACCUAUAUUUCAAGGAGGCUGAGCAAAGGAGCUCUGCUGGGAGGCAUGGGCAACAUUGCGACCGUGGAACUCAGGUGAUAAUUUAACGUAUUUAAAGUGUCUUACACACUACAAAGAGGGACACAAAAUAGAGUAAAAACGAAAAUGAUGAGGCUGGUAAAUAUAAAUGUGUUGAUUUUUCCCUGUUCCUAGUAUCCCUGAACAGGCAGUGGGCUGCUACUGCUGUCUCCUGGAGCAGGAAAGAUCUCCUGAGCAGCCUGAUGCUGAUGGAAAUGGAUACGUCAUCUGCUUUAUGGGCGGCUCUGAAAAAGGACUGAACCUAUAUCCUUUGUGUGAAGUUUAUUAUACACUGUCCCCACAAGAAUUUUACACAUAAUCUUUGACAUUUUUAGUAGUUUUUUCUCUUCAUAAAAAGAAACAAGUAAUAUUUCAACUCCUUGACCCUCCAAACAUUUCGACUAGAGCUUGAUAAAUACGUCCAAGGCCUGCAAAGCAGCUUGCAAACUCCAGAGGUAUGAGAACUUACAGACUACCAUUAAAGUAUAAAUAUUAGUGAUCACAUUUUUAUGUGUGUGUGCGCACUAGCUGCAGAACCUUGAAUCAGAGGUGCGUCCCUAUCUGAGCCGAUGGUACGAGGAGUCUGUGAUGCACAUAUACCGGGUGGUGCAGCUGGUCCAGAACAACAUGAGCUUCUUACUUCAUGCAGUAAGUCUUUUUAAACCUUCUGUUUGCAUCCACUCACCAGUGGAGGUUUGUAGAGGAUGUGUGUAAUAAAGACGGCAUCCCUACACUCUGAUCUGUACAAUGCUCCAAGCAUUACUUAUGCAAAAAUAGGCAUGCUUAGGUGUUCUUUAUAUUAUUUUGUGUCUAGGAUUAUUCAACUUAACUGUGACUUUAAUCCCUUUUUUUGACAGCAGCUUAUUCAAAGACCUUUUGACUUUGUUGUUUUGCAAAGUAAAAAAACAAACGAGACCAUCUGCAACAAGGCUGAUAAUUUCAAUGUUGUCAUUUUUACUCCUAAAACUGCUGCAAGGGGAUACGUGUUAGAGCAACCUGGUUCUUGUCUGAAAACACCUUUCACAUGUAGUAGUAAUGCUAGUAAUUACUAGUAGUAAUGCUUUGUCAGCAGGGGGUGGGGGCACCAAGAUCAACACAAACAGAAAGCUGCAGCUUUAAAAAUGCUGUUUGAAAUCAUUUUCUCAGCAUCUCAAUUUAACAUUUUUCACUGUUUGUGAUUUGUGUUUUAAACUUCACUUUUCUGUCACAGGCUCUGAGUCAUACUCAUGUGGAGGUCACUAAUUCAGACGAGAGGACAAAGGCUGAUGUGACCAGGUGAGAUAGAUGACAGUCUCUGCAGCUACAAAAACACAACAAACUUGAAGUGUUGCACUGUGUUUUUACGAUUUAUUAUUUAACUCUUAAAUGUUUUUGUUCUCUGUCAGGUUCAUCAAAGCAGCCAGUCUGCAGGGUCUGUCCCAACAAGACACCACCACAGCCUCUCUAUGUAAGGCCAUCUCAGAGGACACACACUCUGACCUGAUCAUAGACUGCUCCACCAGCCCGCCCACGCUCUCUAAUGGUGGUAAGUCAGACCCCAUAAUGUAUCCUUCACAGGAGAAGAGAUUGUAAAUCAUUGUUGAAGGACGAGCUCUAAUUUAGAUGUUCCCCUUCUCCAGUCAGUAAUCGUUUCUGUGAUGACUGGAUUCAGGCCUUUUUGAACGCGGCAGAGCGAUGUAACCCUUUCCUGCUCAGACAGAUUCUGGAGAACUUCAAACUUAAGGUAAGAAAACAGAUUUUAUUAUUCUCCAUGUUUACUUUGAAAAUGCUUUUAUUACUCAAUCAUUGGAAGUCACAGUGAAACUCACAAAAACUCACAAACCCAAAGUCAAUAUUACUUCAACACAAACUUUUCAAACCACAAUAUGGACGGUAGUGCUAGUUCCUCUUGGUUUAUACACUGUUGUUCAGCUUUCAUCCUGAUCUCUUCCCCUUUUUUAACUUUCUUCCUCUCUUUCAACCACCUCCCUCCCUCCGCAGGCGAUCCAGGACAUGAACAGCCUGAAGCGCUACGUGCGACAGGCAGAGAUGAGUCACUACGCCCUGUUCCGCUGCUGCCAGUUCCUGCAGGGCUGCGGUAACGGGGAUGUGCUGCUGCAAAAUGCCAGAGCGGAGCACAGCGACCUUCCUGAAGCCUGUAGCAUCAUUUCUGUCCUGGAGGAGUUCCUCAGGGAACAAUCCCAGGCCCAGGCAUGA